GUUUUGAGUUGGCAGUGAGAUUUUUCCUUUCUAUUGUACAAAAUUUUCAACCUUGUGGAAAUAGUGUAAAUCUCUCAAAAAUUCGCAGGCGAAACGAAGUAAUAUCGAAUACAAACGGAAACGAUUUAAUUAGUGUGCAUUAUUAAAUUAAAAUUAUGCAUUUAAUUGUUUGUGUAAAAACAAAAACAUAUAUUGAAAGUGCUUAAUUGAACCACAAAGACCUUCAAUUUCGGUGUGUAAAUUGUAAAAAUGUCUUGGGUGCAAAGUAAUGCACCACCCCCUACGCUGCCACAGCAGCAGUCGCAACACCCCUAUCCACAACAGCAGAAACAUCUAAUUCCACCGGUGGCUCAGCAGCAACAGCCACCGCUAAAUUUACAACAACAGCAACAGCAUUUAGCAACACAAUCGCAUGCACAAGCAAACACCGUUGCUGCAACAAAUGCUUACACGAAUCCGGCACCACCCCUUGCAUCCAAUUUGGCUUCCACCACUAGCGCUUAUAUGAGCAAACCGAUAAACGUUAACAAUAACAUACAUCAGUCGCAACAGCAUAACUCUAUGCGCUCACAAAUGCAUGCCAACGGUGGUACACACCAGCAACCGCAGCAGCCUGGUCACUUUGGCAUACAACAGCAGCAGCAGCAGCCAUCAGCCGCAGUGAACGCCUGGCAGCAACAGCCUUACGCGCCACCAAACAAAAUGAUGCAAUCGAAUGCUGCCGCCGCGAACAACAAUUGGCCGCAACAACAACAGCAGCAGCAACAACAAAAUGCCAACAAUUUAUAUCCACAGCCGCAGCAACAACAAACAACUGCACCACAUAACAUCUGGCAACCACCAGAUCUGCCAACGGCUAAUAACGUGCCAACACAACAGCAGCAGCAACAAGCAUAUCCACAUCCAACCACAUAUGACAAUUAUUUCACAGCAAACCAAAACCAAGGAACACAGCAGCAGCCACCAACAGCACAGCCAGCUGCACAGACGGCACAGACGUCACAAUAUCAACAGCCUCCACAGCAAGUAGCGCCUGACGCGGCCAACUAUUUCCACUAUCAGCAGCAGCAGCCGACACAAAUGCCACAGCAACCGCCGCCCCAACAAUCAGCCGCUGCUGAGCUGUUCGACAAUAGCAAUGCGAACAACAGAAGCGAUGGCUGGGGCGACUGGGACUGGAAUGAUAAUGGCAACGUGGUUGGCGGUGAAGUGGAACAAACGCCAGCUGGGCAGCAGGCGCCUCCCUCGACGCAAUUGCCCAUACAGAAACCGGCGGUACAACAGCAGGCACCGUCGCUCAAUGCAUUUGACGCGCAGCCUACGAAUUACAAUGCGCCCAAUGUAAUCGAGGAAAGUUUUGGUGCGCAGUCGAACGACAACUGGAGUUGGAAUAUUGGCGACGACGUCAAUGCGAAUGCACACAGCACAGGCGUCGACAACGAAUCUGCAACAAUAACACCUCAAGUGCCAACUACAAAUAAUCGUCAAUCGGCACAAGUGCCGCGGCAAGUUGCGAGCAGCGUACAAGUGCCUCAACAGAAAACCGCCGAAUAUGCAGUGACCGAUGCUGACGAUGUGAGAGCUGCAGCGGCAGCAGCAGCAGCAGCGAAUGUGGGCAAACCCGCCGCACUUCCGCUCUCCGAAGCGACCAAUGAAAACUACAAUACCACGGCGCCUGCCCACGCGGCGCCACCUAGCGCUGCACCCCCAGCCGCAGUUGGUGUUGGCAGCAACAUUCCAAACUCUGUUUAUGUGUCACAAGCAAAACCGGUUUCGCGUCCUUCACGCCAAUACGCUUCGCCACCAGGCGUUGCCAGCCCGACCAGUGAGCCAUUGGAUAAUGCUUUAACACCGCCACAGGCAUUCCAAAAUGAAGUAGCCACGAUACAGUCCGAAGUUAUGCCGCCCACAGCCCCACCUGCCGGCGUCGCCACUAUCGGUCUACCUCUGCAAACUCCACCCCCUGCAUUGUCACCGCCAAGUAAUUUGCCGCCACCACCUGGCGCUACCGCCACUGCGGGUAAUCCUUUCAAACGCGCAGGCGCAGCGCAACAUCACCGCGGCGUCAAUAUCGCAGCGCCACCUGCUGCCCCGCAGCAAAUCACAGCCGCAGCCGUAGCUAACGCGUUUGCUGUGCCACCGCCGCCCGCAGAUUUUGCCAAUCCGCUACUCAAUCAUUUGGAACCGGAUAAUUCGGAAAUCUUACAUGAAAAUCAAGAAGUGUUGGGCACUGCUUUGCCAAUACCGCCAACAUCGUUGUUGCUGCCCACCAUACAAACUAUUACUUUGCCGGGCGCAGCAGCGGCACAGGCUCCUCCACCGCCACCGCCUAACGAUGAGCGCAAUCAGUACUUGCAGACAAGCCCACUUUCGGAGAAUCCCGAUGAGGAGUUGAAUUUGGAGGCCGACAGUCUACCGCCGCCAGGCUUAUCGCGUCUAGUGUUGGGGCAGCCGGAGCUGCUAGAAGCCACACAGCGCAUGGUGACUGGUACGGAGGAGCCGGCCAAUAUGCAUAUGGACGAGCGGCACGCUGAUGGGGAGGACACAUCUUUGGAGCAGGCGCCAGCAGUACCGCUGCUGAAUGCGUCGCAACGUGGCGCUUUAGGCAAUGCCGCGAAUUUAACAGCAAAUAACACGCCAAACAACAAUAGCAACACCAUAGAUAUAACCACAGACCGCAAUCUGUAUUUGGUACCUGGUGAGAGCAAUAUCAGCAACGAGCAACGCGUCGUUACUGGCGUUGAACGCUCGCCGGAGAGUAAUGCGCCGGCGCCACCGCCACAAAUCGCUAGUGGCCAACGCGAGAUCGAACUGGAUGGCGAGAACUUGGAAGACCAACAACAGGAGCAACAGCACCAGCAGCAACAACAGCUGCAACAACCACCGCUACUCACGGUAAACAGUCGCGACGAGCCGCCUUUAGAGGGCGCUGCUGCUAGCAACGAACCUUCACCGCCAACGGUUGAUGAGAGUCAGGACGUUCAUCAUCAUCAUCAUGUACAACAUCACCAUCAUCAUCAUCAUUCGACGAAAUCAAAGGAGCUAUCCAAUGCCUCGACGGGUAAUGAUGAAAGCGAUCCAUUGCCGGAACAUCAGCAUCAUCACCAUGCCGCACGUUACACUGGCGCCGGCAGCAAUAAGUCGCGCAAGCAUUCAACCGGCGAGUUGGAGCGCAAAGUGCCUGAUCGUCAACAGCGCCGCGACAAACAACGUAGCUCCGCCGAUCGCUACGAGAGCGAUGAUCUCGAGGGCUCCGAACCCUACUCAAGUGAUCGUGAACGCGAGCGUGACCGUCGUCGCGGCUAUCGUGAGGGUAGCGUGCGCAGUGAUCGCGAACGUGAGGAGCGCGAUUAUGCCAAGGAUAAGAGGCGUCGCGCUGGCGAGCGCGCAGAUAAGCGCGACGAACGUGAUAAGUUACGCGAUAAGUAUUAUACACGUGAUAAUGGCAAAUCGGAUACAUUGCGUCGCAGUGGUCGUUACAAUCGUCAAUAUGACGACGAUGUGGAAGAUGUGAGCGCGCGACGCAAAGAGCAAUCGCGUCGCAGCGGCGCGCGUCAUCACAAUGAUGAACGCGCCGGACGCAGCGACCGCAGCGAGCGCGACUAUGAUGACUACAAUCGUCGUCCACGUGGCGCGCCCAAACGCGGCGAAAAAAUCCAUGACGAGGGCCGUGAUGUGCGCCGCAGCAACUAUGUGGAUGAUGAGCGUCGUGAGCAGCGGCGUACACGUCGCGAUCGUGGAAGUGAUUACGAUACAAUUGAGCGCCGUCAUCGUGGCGCCGGUGGCGACAAAUCAAUGCGUGGCGAACGCGCCGAUCUGCGCGAAUACGAAGAGUAUCGCAAGCAAAGCUCACGCAAUGCACGUGAGAGUGAUUUGGAGAAGGAGCGCGCACGCUACGAUCCACGCCAUGCCGCCAUGUAUGGCUACCCGCCAGGCGCGUAUGGUUAUGAUCCCUACGCUACAUAUUACUAUGAGCAAAUGGCGCGCACCAAUCCGCAGGCAUACUCGGAGUGGUAUAAGAAAUAUUAUGGGCAUGCAGCCGCUGCAACGGCAUCCAGUUUGAGCGCACAUGCCGCAGCAGGUGGAGACCAUGCUAGCUUAAAUAGCAGCUCGUUGGCGGCUGCCACGGCGGAUGGGCGUGAGUCGGUGCACUCGGGGCGCAGUUCGGUGCAAAACGAAAAUGAUCGGUAUACACAAGCAUACAUUUCACAAGCCAAUGAAUACCAUCGUCAUUUGCAACAGCGACAACUGCAUUCGCAACAACAACAGCAACAACAUAUGAUUUACAGUCAACAGCAUACGAAUAUGUCACUCAACUCUACAACGCUAGACGAUGGUACGGGCAGCAUGUACGGAUCCGCUGGCGAGGCAUUACGAGCUGCGCGCUCCACAAGCAAUCUGUCGCAAAUUGGCAGCGGCAUUAGUGCCAUAACAGGCGGCGGCGUCGGUAGCGUUAGUUUAACAGCAUACUACGCUGGUGUCGGCGGUGUUGGCGCGGCCUAUUAUGCGCGUUCCGAUUACGCGGAGUCCAGAUCGGGUCAUCUGUCAUUGCGCGAUGCCGAAGCCAUCGCCGAACCCGAUCCACAACGACUCACACCACGUAAAUUCGUUAACGAGCACUCAAUCGUUUCACUGUCGGCCGGCAUACUCGUUACCGUUAAACCGAAGUACACUUCACAUGGCGCCAUUAGUAAUAUUGUGAAGCUGCAGCGCUUAGGUGCCAACGAUGCAACACGUCAACUCUUCCAGACCUAUCCGGGUCCAUUGGUGCGUGGCCUCACACACAAGAAGACCAUUAUUGAAUUCUGCGAGGAGCAAAUACGUUUGGGUCCCAUGGAGACCACCAUCUACGCCAAGCAGCUGGUGUCCAAUAAUAUUGAGAAAUAUCGUGGCUCCUAUACGCUGAUGUGGAACCUACUGAUUUUGUUGUUGCGUCAAAAUGGCAUGGUCGUUGGCACGGAUAUUGCGGAAUUACUCUUGAAAAAUCAACAACAAUUUCCCUAUCAAAUCGAGCACGCCGACGCUGGCGACUCAUCGGCACUCAGCGCUGAUGAGGCAGAUGAACAGCAAGCACCAGCAACCGACCCCGCUGUCGCUGAACAGAAUAAUACCGAACGUGACUCGGGUAACGAAGGCGAAACCGCUACUCAUACGAGCAAACAAGCACCCAAAUCCACCACAACCAUCAGCAAUAUACCAGUGCUCAGCGAUGAUGAGAUAACCGAAAAGUUCCGUAACUAUUUGCUGUAUGGCAAUGUGAAUGAGGCGCUCGACUGGGCCACCGAUAACAAUUUGUGGGGUCAUGCGCUCUUCCUAGCCUCCAAAGUGGAUCGGCGUUCACACGCCAAUGUCAUGAUGAAGUUCGCCAACAAGCUGUCGCUUAACGAUCCACUGCAGACGCUCUAUCAGCUGAUGAGCGGCCGCCAGCCGUCCAGCGUGACUAGUGUGCAGGACGAGAAAUGGGGCGACUGGCGUCCACAUCUCUCGAUGAUACUCUCAAAUACGUCACAAAAGCCCGAAUUAGAUCGUAAAUCGAUAACAACGCUUGGUGAUUCGUUGCUCAAUCGUGGCGAUUUAUUUGCGGCGCACUUCUGUUACCUAAUGGCGCAAGUGGGUUUCGGGCGCUACCAAGAGAGCGCUACACUGGAGAACACACUGCAACAGCAUUUGCCAAAACUCGUCUUGCUUGGCUCAUCGCAUUAUAAAUACUUCAACGACUUCGCCGCCAACGAAGCCAUCAUGAUGACCGAGAUAUAUGAGUAUGCCUGCUCAUUGAAUGACGAUAAAUUCUCGCUAGUCGAGUUUCAGCCUUAUAAAUAUUUGUUGGCCACACGCCUGCUGGAUUAUGGCUAUAAUUUACGUAGUCUCAUGUAUUUCGAACAAAUUGCGCUGCACAUACAACGCGAUCCGAGCAAAUACGAACCAAGCUUCAUUAAUAAGAUCUAUGAGUUUGCCGAUCGUCUCAAGUACUACGACCCAGUGUUGGAACGCUCCAUGGACGAUCAACAACACCAUGCUGAGGGUGGAUUAAAUAGUCAAUUGCCGAAUUUUGAGGAGCAAAAGUGGUUGCAAGACUUGCGCGCCCUGGCAGUGCAACAUAAGGACGAAUAUACCAGCCCUGCUGCACCGGUGUAUGGACAAAUUGCCGAUACACAGAGUCAAAUCGAUCAACAAUUUGUCGAGAUAAAUAAACAAUUUAAUGAGUUGAAUUUGCAAUAUCAAGGUCUCGGCAACGUCGAACAAACGCCUACCUAUUACAAUCCAGACGCCAUGCAACAGCAGCAACAACAACCGCAUAAUGAUAUAUCUGCUGAGCAUUAUAAUCAGCACCAACAGCAACAAACAGCAGUGGCUGGCGACUAUAAUAGUCAACAACCAAGCCUAGAUGCACAAGCUCCGAAUCACUCGGCUGGCGUUGCACAAGAUGCCAACGAUGCAACAUAUGCUUAUUACAAUCAACAGCAACAGUACUUGCAGCCAAUAGAUGCACAGCAGCAGCAACAGCAUCAACAGGAACCUCACUCAAUACCUUACUAUGAUCCCAUGCAACAACAGCAGCAGCAACAUUAUCAAGGUUAUGGCGCAGAAGCGGUGGAUGCGCAAAAUAAUGCAGCCGCUUAUGAUUACUGGGCACAACAAAAUCAACAACAACAGCAAACACAACAUGCCAGCUAUGGCGACGAGCACGCCAAAAAUGAUGAUGAGCUCGCUAUUGGGAAAACAAAAGCAACAACAAAAAACGUGGAAGCAUAUUUAAAUAAUGAUGAUAUGCUGGCAUUGAAGCAAAUGCCACUUAAAGCAAAGUCACAAACAACUACAACAUAUAAAACUACUUUGGAGAGUAUACGAAAAUUACAACAGCAGAAAGACAAACCAUUGGAAAUCACCGCUGCAGCAGCCAAAUUAUAUAACAGUUAUGAUGGGCCGCAAACGCGUGUCGCAAAAAAGCCCAAUACCAAUCACAACAACAACAUCAAUGCGAAACAGCAACAACACGCAGCCACAUUGACCACAUCGUUCCUCAGUGCGCCGCCAGAUGUAAGUAGACAUAAUAAUGGUGUGCUACCACAACUACUACAACAAAUGCAGCAACAACAAAAGCAGAAUAUGCCACAGCAACAACAAAUGCUUGCACAAACCAUUAAUGCAUGCAAUGAUAAGUUAACUAGUAAUUUAAGUUCGAAUUCGAACACAACUUCGAAUACCAAUGCGAAUGUUCCGGUAAAGCGCGUCAAUUUCGAUUUGCCACAAAAAGUGGACAGUGUGGUGUCGGCGGCGCGGGUUGAGGCCGCAAAUAGGAAAUUUCCGCCGCCGCCACCAUCUGCCAAUGUUGCCAAUUUUAGUACACAAGCUAGCAGCAAUAGCAGUAGUAUUAGUAGUAGCGGUAGUAGAAAUAGUAGUAACAGCCACACAAGUAGUAAGGCAGCGGCACUCGGCACCGAAGGCGUCAGCAAUGAAGCACGCACUAACUCCGCAAGCGCUUCCAACUCCACAACUACGCCCUUAGCUGGCAGCGCUCAAGCGACAAAAACGCUUGCUGCCUAUCAGCGCGGCUCAAGCGCUUCGGCAAAUGACACUUCCAAGCCACUCACACUGCCGCAAUACGCACGCAAAGCUUCCAAUCGCGCCGAAUUGGCUAGAACGCACCUUUCGCCCUACAAACAAAUCGUCUAUAACGGCACCUAUCCCAUCGACUUGCCGCUACAAUCACGCUUCGAAGCGCUGGGACGCGACUAUGAUCCCGAGGCGAAUGCGCAAACGACACGCCUCAAAUACACACACAUAUUGAACGACUACGAUCUGGAUGAUCAUGACUUACUCGACGAUGUGGCCGAGGAAGAUGAGGAUGACGACGACGACGAUGAUGAUGACUAUAUGGUUGAUGACGAUGAUGCUGACGCUUACGAUUAUAACGAAGCUGAUGAGCUCGAAUUCGAUCAAGUGAAUGAACGCAUGCCGUACAACAUGGCUGCUUUCCUGCCGGAACAGGACCGACCCGAGCGCGGCACAUUGCUCAACAGACUCGGUGUUGUACGCGAGGUGAGCACUUCCAACAGCGUGUCCCUGACCGGCGCUGAGGCUGCCAGCGGCAGUGUGACCACCAGUAAUCAUCACGCUGUUUGGUCGAUGCAAGAGCUCAUCGCGAACCCGGCAAUACCGCUCAACUAUCAGAAGAUGUGUCAUGAAGUCGAGCAGAGUUUGACGUCGUUUGAGAAGUACCUGGAUUCGAAAACUUUCGAGCAGCGCAAGUCACAACAGCAGCCAGUGCGCACUUAUGAUAUAGAUGGGCCGAUUGGCGAGCCGCAGGACAAGAAGCAUAUUUAAGUUGACGGUUGGUAAAAAGUGUUGGCAAUUUUGAUUCAAAAGUGUAGGUUGCGAUAGACUUUUGAAAGCAGAAUGUGGCAGGUUAUUUAGCUACUGUUGAACGUGCCAAUCCAUAUUAAUAUCGAAAUCGAAAAUAUCGAUUUUUAUUCAUCGAUUUUAUUCAAUUCAAAAGCGGUUUGAAUUACACAAUUCGACGGUCAUAUACAGCUAUUAUGUGUUAUGCUAUUUUCUGUGUUAAUUUGAGUUACUUACAUAGAUAUAUGUAACUCUAUUAUACUUUUUUGUUGUAAUAUUAUUAUAAAAGAUUAAUCUCAUAAUAGCUAGUCUUUUUCUCGAAAAAAAAAAAUGUUUAAAUUAUAAAAUAUUGAAAAAUGUACAUUUCGUUUAACAUUUUAGCAACUCAAGGCGAACAAAUUUAAUUUUUUUUAAUAAUGAAUUCGAACAUCUAUAAUUAAAAAUUCAUUCUCACGAAUUGUUAUCGGGGUUCCGAUAAUUAGCUUACCCUUAUGUAUUUAAACAAUUUUUUU